AUGGGUGUGGGACGACGGAUGAAGAAGCAGGGCCCGCCCGAGGCCCUGACGGACGAGCACUUUGCAAAGCUCAAGCGGAAGGCUGGACUGCCGGCCGACGAGCCGGAUCAGACGCCUGAGAAGAAGCGCAGGAGGGCUAAGGAGAACGCCGCGGCUCCCCCUCGUAAGAAGACCAAUGGUGUUGGUGUCCGUGGCGCCGCCGCCGAUGCCGCCCCCAAGAAACCUGCGCUCAAGAAGACGACCAAACCUGAACCUGCGGCUCCGGCCAAGAAGGCCAAUGGCAAGGCGGCGCCCAAGUCCAAUAAGAAGCAGGCCCUGGCUGAGUCGUCUGACGACGAUGAUGACGAAGAUAUGGAUGACGAGUUCGGCGCGUCUGACCUGGAGGACGGCGAUGUGCCAGGGCUGGGAGACGAUUUUCUCGGAUCUGACUCCUCGGUGGUGGACUCCGGGGAUGAAAAUGGCGGCGGGCCUCGCGCCAUGUUCUCGGACGACGACGAAUCGGAUGCGGAGGAGAAGCUGACGGCGGCCAACAUUGAGGGACUGUCGCGCAAGCUGGACCGGGAAAUGAAGGAGGAAGCGGACGCUGACGCGGAAGAGGUGCAACGCGGGCUGCAGACCAACAUUGACGGGGAGAAGCCCAACGUGCUGGAGGACGAAGAGGCGUCGGACGACGAGCUGUCGGCGCGGACCAAGUCUCUGCUGGCACCGGACCUGCAGCUGUUGCGCACGCGCAUCACGGAGAACGUGCGGGUGCUGGACGACUUCGCCAACCUGCACCAGGAGGGCCGGUCGCGCGGCGAGUACACGGACCAGCUGAUCAAGGACAUCUGCGCCUACUACGGCUACUCGGAGUACCUGGCGGAGAAGCUGUACAACCUGUUCACGCCGCGCGAGGCCUUUGCCUUCUUCGAGGCUAACGAGACGGCUCGCCCGGUGGUGAUCCGCACCAACACGCUGCGCAGCAACCGUCGCGAGCUGGCGCAGGCCCUCAUCAACCGCGGCGUCACGCUCGAGCCGGUGGGCAAGUGGUCCAAGGUCGGGCUCCAGGUGUUCGAGUCGAGCGUGCCGCUCGGCGCCACGCCCGAGUACCUGGCGGGCCACUACAUCCUCCAGGCCGCGUCGUCGUUCUUGCCGUGCAUGGCACUGGAGCCGCAGGAGAACGAGCGCGUGCUGGACAUGGCGGCCGCGCCCGGCGGCAAGACGACGUACCUGGCCGCCAUGAUGAAGAACACGGGCUUCAUCUUGGCCAACGACCCCAACAAGGCCCGUUCCAAGGGUCUGAUCGGCAACAUCCACCGCCUGGGUGCCACAAACGUCAUCGUCUCCAACUACGACGCCCGCGAGUUCCCCAAGCCCAUGGGCGGCUUCGACCGCGUCCUCCUCGACGCCCCCUGCUCGGGCACCGGCGUCAUCGCCAAGGACCCCAGCGUCAAGACGAACAAGACCCAGCUCGACUUCAUGCAGCUGCCCCACACCCAGAAGCAGCUGCUCCUAGCCGCCAUCGACUCCACCUCCCACUCGUCCAAGACGGGCGGCUUCAUCGUCUACUCCACCUGCUCCGUCACCAUCGAGGAGAACGAGCAGGUCGUCCAGUACGCCCUCCGCCGCCGCCCCAACGUCCGCCUCGUCGAGACGAACAUCCCCUUCGGGAAGGAGGGCUUCACUGCCUUUCGCGGGAAAAAGUUCGACCCUUCCCUCCGCCUCACCCGCCGCUUCUACCCCCACUCGUACAACGUCGACGGCUUCUACGUCGCCAAGUUCCAGAAGAUCGGCCCCACGCCCGUCAGCGCCUCGGCCGCCGCCGCCUCCACGGCUGACGGCGCCGCCGCCGAUGUCGUUGACAAGACUCCCAUCACCUCCGAGGACGAGGACAAGGCUGCCGACGACGACUUUGGCGGCUUCGACGAAGACGAGGACAAGGCCUACAUGGAGAAGGGUAAGCGCAACGCCAUGCGCAGGAGGGGUCUCGACCCCAGGAGUGCUGCCAAGAAGCAGCCUAAAAAGCAAAGUAAAGAAUGA